AUUUUUUUUUUUUCCAAUAUAUAUCUUCCAUCAUCUUUUCUCCCCAUUUAUCCGACCGUAACUCUUCCCUCCUCUUCUCCCAUGGUGAAACUCCUUGCCCUGAAAUUAGCAAUAGCAGGGCUGUUCGCUACUAGCCUUGUAUCAGCACUUCCUGAACGACGACAUCCUUUAGCCAAUAAGUUGAACAAACGUUCUAGUUUGACCGGCAACGAGGCUCCUCCUCUGGAUAAGCCAGUUGCAGGAGAUCCAAUCAUUACACAAACCGGCGCUCCUGCACCUACUGCUUCACCUUACUACCAGGCACCGCAUCCUCCAUACGCCAAUUAUUAUGAAGGCAUUCAUAAAGCAUACCUGUGGUAUGAGAUUCAACGUAGUGGCCCUAUUCCAACCCAGCGAUUAGCAUGGCGUAGCGAUUCUUGUAUAGCAUGCCAUGCUGACAACGGAGCGGAUCUUUCUGGAGCUUGGUAUGAAGCAGCCAAUACCAUGAAAUGGGGUCUUCCCUUGGCAUGGACAGUAACCCAAUUGGCCUACAACGUGUUAUGGUACAAAGACACCCUGGCAGCUGGAAAUGAGUUGAACCAAGCCUUGACCACCGUCAAGUGGGGUACUGACUAUCUCAUUAACGCCCAUAUCAAUGAUACGACUUAUGUUGGUCAACUGGGUAUUUCUGGCAUCGGUGACAAUGACGAUAUCGAUUUUGCUUACUAUUUGGCACCUGAAACGUAUGAAUUGCGUAUGCCUCAACAGUAUUGGCAUCCUGCUCUGUACUGUACGCCUCAAACUCCCUGUGGUGAUAUCGUCGCGGAGUCGGCUGCAGCGCUGGCAGCAGGCUCUAUCAUUUUCCGAGACUACAACUCGACGUACGCCGAUCUUUGCCUUCAACAUGCUGAAUCAAUGUAUACCUUUGCAAAGCAAUACCCACAGAGCUACAACACGCCAAACAAUACCGCAAACACCAAUGGCUCUUGGUAUGCUGCUGCUGGCUGGUAUCCCUCGUCAACAGUUGCAGAUGAUAUCUCUCUUGCUGGAGCACUUUUGUACCUUAGCACCAACCAAUCGUCCUACUUAAAUGACUCAAUAACUUACUACCAGACCAACGACUGUCAAAAUGCUUGGGGUGAGGAGUCUUGGGAUUCCCAAGGUGGCCACUUGCACGUCCUGCUGUACAACAUUACCAAAGAUGCCCAGUAUAUGACCAAUUUCAAAGCCUUUGCUGCUCAAUAUCUGCCUGGUACCACACAGACCUUCAAACAGACUCCGCUUGGGUUAGCUUUUCCAGAGUUCUGGGGCACGAUUGCAUUGGAUAUGAAUGCAUGUAUGUCCAUGGUCACCAUGGCCAAAGUCAUCGGCUACACGGAUCCUUAUUCAGUUGAAAUGUUCAAUUUCUGUGUUCAACAAGUCAACUAUGUGAUGGGCGAGAAGGGCUACUCGUUCAUGGUCGGCAUGGGCUCGCAGUAUCCUCUUCGGGUUAACCACAUCAGCUCUUACAACCCAUAUGACGAGAGCCCAAUGUACAAUCAGACGCUGACCAAUAUCGAGAAUGAUUUCUUGAAUGGCCUAACCGAUAAUCGCAGAAUAGCCUAUGGUGCUAUUGUGUCUGGACCGGAUAAGAGCGAUCAUUACCAAGACGAUCAUCAACUCUAUCAAUACAGUGAGGCCACGCAAGACUCUUCUGCUGGCAUUAUUGGGUUGCUCGCUGGUUUGAUUGACAUGUAUGGCUCAAGCAACUUCAAGUCGUUUUCGGAUUGUACCUUGGAUCUCGGUUGGAGCCAUCCUAAUGCCAGCGCUAAACCCAACUGGCCAGCCGAUGACUGUUACCACACUUGUAACACUGGUAGCUGCAACUACGCUGUCACCCUGUGGGCUCCUGACAGCAAGCAAAUUGUCAACCAGACAGCCGUUGCUUCUGCCUCUGCUUCGGCACUGGGCAGCAACCCCAGCAACAAUGCCUCCACCUCUGACUCUUCCCACCAGACCAUUGUGCUUCUCCCCAUCACCUUGGUCACUCUCCUUGUUUCCUACCUGUUCUUGUAAAACACACGGCCCAAAAAAAUAUUUUUCUUUUCUUUCCCCCAUUUUGUCUCUUGUAUCCUCUUUUUUGUAUCCUCUUUCACCUAAACCUCGCCUCGCCUCGCCCCCAUACUCAUUCCUUUGCAUGUUCGUCCCAUCGUUUCAGUUACUAUCUUCCUUCACAGGGAGCCAUUUUAAUCUGGUACUAG